GUAUGUGUGUGUGUGUGUGUGAGAGAGAGAGAGAGAGAGAGAGAGAGACGGUCUGUAUGCUGGCUACUGAGGAAGUUUCUGAGAGAUGCCGUAUGCUGUUUAAGGCACUCACUGAAACCUGUCCUGAACCCUGUCUCCCCUGCUCUGCAGAGAUGGGGUACAUGGGGAGAGAGAGAGAGUUUGUGUGUGUGUGUGUGUGUGUGUGUGUCUGUCUGUCUGUCUGUCUCUCACACACAUGCAGACAGAGAGACUGGGUGAGCUGGCUGCUGGGGAUCUCUCAGAAACCAUGUGCUGUCUCUUUAAGAAAGGCACUCAAUCACUGUUCCGACCUCAGACCGCAGCAGCUCCGAGUCCUCCUGAGACAGGCUGUCCCCCCUCCCCUGCUCUGCAGAGAUGGGAUGGGGGGAGGGGGACACCCUGACAUCAGCACCUUGCUCCCCCUGACCUCUCCCCACCACUCUGCACAGCCAGCAGGGGCUUCUUGGGAGAAGAUGCAGGACAGAGCAAUGUGGCUGCAAAGCAGCAGGGGAGAGGCACCUGAACACACACUGCCAGAUGUACGCGCUCUGCUAAUCAAUUGGGCGGCACUUGAAUCUCUCUUGGGCAGCCACCCAAAUGCGCAGCUUACAGGGAACUGUAAGGAUUCAACUUUAGAAACUGUAGAAUGGAAUUAAUACUUGAUCUACAGAAACAAUAGCUCUUUGACCUGCCAAAGAGGCAUAUUAAGCAUCAGUCAGGCUGCUUAUAAAAAAGUUCCAAUAGUCUUCAAGCCUUUGAAGUUGUCUAUAGACAACAACGUAUAACUCAAGUUUUGCAAAUUAUACAAAAAAGUCCAUAUAUUGAAAAGCAUGCUCAAACCAUUCAUGUAAUUGUAAGACUAAGUGAAAGUGGUGCAACAUCAAAGCACUUAAAGACCAAGCCUGCUGUGAGACUUUCCAGCAACACUUGUCUAAGAAACUCUCUAACUUGUCUGACAACAUCACUGACAUUCAAGAGCACCGGGAUCAGCUUAAAUAUAACAUUCACAAUGCAUGUGCUGAAACCAUAGGCUAUUCCAUUGAUCAGCACCAAGACUGGUUUGAUGAAAACAACGAAGAAAUCCUAGCAUUAAUUCAAUAGAAAAGAAAUGCAUUCUGUAACUAGCAAAAUGAUUCCUCUAAUUAACAAAAACAUGAGGCCAAUCACCUGCUCAAAGCGGACAUCCAAAGGAAGCUACAUGACAUCAGAAACAAAUGAUGGCAAGAGAAGACCUCUGAGACCCAGAGUUUUGUAGACCAAGAUGGCAUGAGAAGCUUCUAUCAAGCGACAAAAGCUAUAUAUGGGUUAAGCUCCAAAGACCCAAUCCCCUUACAUUCCUCAAGGACAAUGCAGCCAUUAAACAAAGCUGGAAGGAGCACUUUGAGAGCCUACUAAACCACGAAUUCAGUCUCUGAAGACACCAUCGAGUUCAUUCCCCGAUGCUCAGCAAUGGAACAUCUUGCUGAUCCUCCAUCUUUUGAGGAAGCCUGGCAUGCCAUCACCAAGACAAAAAAUCACAAGGCACCAGGCCCAGACGGCAUCCCAGCUGAGGUUUUAAAAACUGGUGGAACAAUGCUCCAGCCCAGUCUUUGCCAUCUCCUUGAUAAAAUCUGGACCUGCGAAGAAAUUCCACCUGACUUUAAGAACACCAACUUUGUUACAAUAUUUAAGAAAGGGAACAAAUCUUUGUGCAGAAACUAUAGAGGUAUUGCCCUCCUCUCCAUUGCAGGGAAGAUCCUUGCCUGGAUCCUACUAAACUGCCUCCUCCCCCUUGCCAAGGAACUUCUCCCUGAAUCACAGUGUGGCUUCAGGCCAUCUCGAGGCACAACCGACAUGAUCUUUGUGGCAUGACAGAUUGAGGAGAAGUGCAGAGAGCAACACCAGGAACUGCUCAUGGCAUUCAUCAAUCUAACCAAGGCCUUUGACUCUAUCAAUCGUGAUGCCCUAUGGAAGGUGCUGUGUAGGUUUGGCUGCCCACAGAAAUUCAUUUCCAUCAUCAGACUAUUCUAUGAGGGAAUGCACCAUUCUGUGCAACGGCUCAGAGACUGAACCAUUUUUAAUUCGCACUGGUAUCAAGCAGGGCUGUGUCAUAGCUCCAACACUCUUCUCUAUGUACCUUGCCAUGAUCUUGAUUCUCAUCCAGGACCACCUUCCUUACGGAAUUGGGAUUGAGUAUUGUAUAAAUGGCCAACUCCUCAAUUUACAAUGGUUCCAAACAAACUCUAAGAUCAGAAGAAUUGGCAUCACUGAGAUAUGCAGAUGACUGUGUCAUCCUCGCACACACUGAGGCUGACCUGCAAAGCACCCUAAAUCUUUUUGCAGAUGCCUGUCACAGCCUGGGUCUCUCUCUCUCUCAACAACGGGAAAAACAAGGUACUCUACCAGCCCUCAUCUGCACAAACUACUCUUUGUACUCCACAAAUCACCAUUGACAAAGAACCCCUGGAAAAUGUGGACCAUUUUCCACACCUUUGCAGCCACCUCUCCCAAACAGCUAGCAUUGACACACAAAUCGAAUACAGGAGCCGCUAUGCCAGCACAUCCUUUGGAAGACUACUCAAACAAGUCUUCAAUGAUAGGGAUCUGCAAACAGGCACCAAGAUCUUGGUUUACAAGGCAGUUGUCAUCCCCACCCUUCCCUAUGUGUGUGAGUUCUGGAUAACCUACAGACGACAUCUCAAGCAGCGGGAGUGGUUCCAGCAGCACUGCCUCAUGAGGAUUCUUGGGAUCAGCUGGGAAGAUCGGCGCACUACAUCAGCAUUCUCUCUGCAGCCAACAUCAGCAGUGUAAAAGCACAGGUCAUGAAAUACCACUCUGCUGAGCUGUCCCCUGUGUACUUAUGCCUGACACCUCCCGAAGCAAGUACUCUUUUCUCAGUUAAGUCAGGGAAGAAGGGCUCGUGGAGGGCAGCUUCAAAGACAUACUGAAAGUACACCUUAAAAAGGGAGGCAUCAACCCAACAAAUUGAGAGGACUCGGCGUGGACCAGAACACAGUGGUGCCACACGAUACACCAAGCCACAGCCCACUUUAAGGAGAACAGACAUGCUCAUGAGACAGAGAAGCAACAAAGGAGGACAGAAAGGGCACAACACUCUAGCCAACAACUAUGUCUCCUCCAAGAUCACGCCUGUCACUUCUAUGGGAAAAUCUGCAGGGCACAAAUUGGGCUCCUCAGCUACCUAAAAAUCCCCCAAUGAACCCCCUUGGCAGACAUCAUCCUUGCAUCGAGGGAUAGCUGAAGAAGAAUUGGCCAUGCUUUUUCAUGCUGUAAGUUCUCUAUAUGCUGUGCAAUGCUUUACAAUCUUUUAACCUCUAUGGCUUCCUAGAACAUUAAGAUUAUUUUACUGAGAUGUUAAGAUGUUUUGAUGUAUCAUUUAAGCACCUAAAUAGCCUUAAAAUGGACCAAACUAACUGUUCAGAUGGGGCAAUUUUAAUGGAAACCAGCGUGAGAAGUUGGAAUUAAAACCUGUGUGACUAUUUUAUUGAAACUUGAUUCAGCUUUUAUGAGAGAGGCCUGGAUAACUUGAACCAAUGUGCUGCUUGUUAGCUGGUUACAGAAUACUACUAUUAUUUGUAUUACCAUAUGUCUAGGAGCACUGCUUGUGGACCAGGAUCCCAUUGUGCUAGGCACUUCACAAAUACAGAACAAAAAGAUGGUCCCUACCCCAAAGAUCUUAAAAUCAAAGUAUAAAAUAAGAGACAACAGAUGGAUACAGACGAGAUUAUUUUGACUAUCAGCAUGAUAGGCAGAGACUUCGCCAUACCAGUGGCCUAAGAGAAAAGGAGAGUUUGAAGGAUGAUACUGAGGUAGCUUUGCAGAUGUUGAUGGGAGCUCCUUUCAUGCAUGUGGGGCAGCAUGUAGUUGGAGUGGUUAGAAAAAGGAAGUGUUCAUCCAUGGAAAGUAAAUUAAUAGGUAGCCAGAAGGUUGGACAGAAGGUGUCAUCACCUCUAAUGUGUUGUAGUUCUUAACCCAGGUGGACUUGUCAGUGCUAAACAAACAAUAAUAUUAAUUAACACAAAAAGGUGUAGUCAGAAUUUGACUUAACUGAGUCUUUAUCCUCCAAUGACAGUUGAAAAAAAAAACCCCGGCAGUGACCAGAUGGACAAAAGCAAAGAACUGGCUUCUGGCAAAGACAGAAAUGAACUGACAGCCUUUAAAGGGGAAAGUAUUCUAUGCAUUCAUCUGACUAUUAGGCCACUGAGUUUUUUAUAUGAGUAACUUAUUUUGCCAUUUUGUAUGUUACACAUAGAAUUAAUUUGGUGACCAGAAAUGCUGGUGGAGGGAAUCCAUCUGUCGUCAGAUGCCACCGGUGUAGUGUGGUGCUCUGCUCUGUCAACUGCGUGCGUGUGUUCCCUCUGUGUGCUGCCCUGGCUCUGCAGAUCGCUGGCACAGCAGACCCUGAGAGAACCCCCAGUGACCACAGACUCUAAUAAGUCUGUUCCAGUUUCUUUAAAUGGAGAACCCAGGAUUUGAAAUGCAAGAAGAGAAAAUACAGAGUUCCUCAAAUAUGAAAGAACAGACAAAGCAAGAGGUACCGGAAAGAAAGAGCCACUGGUCGCUAAUGAACAUCUUUCUAGUUUGUCUCUUGGCCUGCUUCAUCUCCACCAUCAUAGGAGUGCUGAUUAUUUCCUCGGUCUACAUUAAAAACAUUGGAUUUCUGACACAGCUAAACAGUCAAAAGCAUGAAAUAACCUCUCCAAAAACACCAAUAACAAUGUCAGACAAAAAAAGAGUAGAUGUCAAAUUCCAGUUUCUGAAUCAUCUGGGUAAAUCUAAGGUAUUUCAGUUUCCUGGGGGUGAUAUUCAAUGGGCAAGAUUUAGGUAUGAUGUAAAGGAUUAUCCGAGUGAUGAAGAAAUGGAAUUUGGAACAAGCAUCAACAAUCAGCGAUCUAAGAUGACUUUUGGAACAUUACGGAUCAAGAGCAAAGGGCUCCGGGCCCCCCAUUGGCACUUUAAUGCCAAUGAACAUGGCUUUCUCCUAAAGGGUAGUGCCUGGAUUGGUGUUGUUGAUGCUGGUGGUAGCAUAGUAACCACAUACAAUGUUACCGCAGGCCAAGUGAUUUUCUUCCCUAAAAACACAUUGCAUUGGGUAAAGAAUGUGGGCGAAGAUGACUGUUUGUUCCUGCUGUUUUUUACAACACAUGAAGAACUUCAAACCUUGGAUGUUGAUGAUGUGUUUUUCUCUACACCAGAAGACAUAGCAGCAAGAUCAUUAAAGCCUCAAGGUGGAGUGAAUUUUAUUAGAACAUUCAAGAAACAAACAGAAGAUCAAGCCAUUAACCUUCCACCAAACUUAGUAGAGCUUGUUCAGAAUGCCAGCUAUGUGCAGUCUCCAGACAAGCUAGUGUGGCGAUACUUCUAUAAUCUCAAAGAUUCAACAGAAUUCAAACUUUCAGGAGGAGUAAUUCAGUGGGCUCGCUUUCGCAAAAAUGGAGUGGGUCUAAAUGACAAUGAGAAAAUCUUCAGUGAGUCACUGCAAAUGCAUGAAAAUUCUCUUACCUUAGCAACUAUCAGGAUAUACAGCAAUGGACUACGGCAACCUCAUUUUCAUUUCAAUGCUAACGAGAUGGGCUAUGUCAUUAGUGGCUGUGGAAAGGUGGGAAUUAUUGUUUCAUCUAAAAUUACCACCGACUUUGACAUUGGCAUUGGAGAUGUUGUAUUUUUCCCCAUUGGAACACAACAUUAUAUCAAAAGCACAUGUGAUGAGGAUUUGCUUAUGAUUCUAGCAUUCAGCACGGGCAACCAGCUGCAAACCCUUGACAUGGAUGACUACUUCCAUGCCACAGCAGAUCAUAUUCUAGCCCAGCUUUUCUUCAAGAAACAGGAGGAAUUUAAGAAGAUCCCAAGGUUUAGUGAGGAUCAGGCAAUUAACCUGCCAGAGCAGCAAAAUUUAAUUGCCAAAAAUAAUUAAGUUUCACUGCCUUAUUUUUAAGAGUACUUUUUACAUUUCUUGCUGUUUAUCCAGGGGAGCUGUUCAGAAAACAAAGUAAUCUCAUUUUAACUUUUAUGUUGUUAUUUUAGUUGAUAUUUGAGUAACAGCAUUGUUUAAAGUAUUUUGUAAACAAAGGUAGCUCCUGCCACUCAAA